AUGGGGCAGUGGUCAGAUGGGGUGUGGAAAUGGAAAUUCAAGUGGCGAAGGAGGUUACGAGGCCGGGAGGUGGGGUGGUUAGAUGAUCUGAUGAAGGAAUUGCUGGCCAUUUGCUUAACAGAGAAUAAAAAUGACAAAUGGAGUUGGAGGCUUGAUGGGGAAGGGGUUUAUUCAGUUAACUCAUCUUAUUUGUUUUUGCAGGAACAAAUUUUAGAGGAAGUAGACCCAGUUUUUAAAUUGGUUUGGUCAGUACCUGUUCCCUCCAAUGUCAUAGCAUUUUCUUGGAGGAUGUUGAAAGACAGAAUCCAGACGAGGAAUAAUCUCCAUAGGCGCCGGGUGAUCACAAAUGAGGAUGGUGCGUCAUGCCCCCUUUGUGGAUUGGAAGAUGAGUCUACAUCACAUCUGUUCUACUUAUGUCAGGCCACAAAUUUAAUAUGGUAUGCAUGUUCUAAUUGGUUGGGUGUUCCCUCAUCUCUGUUGCCUUCCCCACGGGAACAUUUACUUCAAUUUCCCUCCAUUGGCACCAAUAAAGCACAGAGAGUGGGAGAAUAUGUUAUUUGGAUGUCAAUUGUGUGGACUAUAUGGUUACUCCGGAAUAAAACUGUCUUCAAUGGGGAAGAAUUUGACAGGAAUCAAGUACUAGAGCUGGCACAAUUUAAGGCUUGGCAGUGGCUACGUACAAAAACGGAUGGAUUCACAUACUCUUGGUUCGAAUGGUUGAGGAACCCAAGUUACUACAUUCAAGCAUUAUGA